GGGAGCCUCGGCCAAGACGACGGAGAGCUCGGGGAAGGGAGCGGACUUCGAGUGAGGAAGAGCUCGGGUGAGGGAGAAGGGAGGUGAAUGAAUGAGGCGAGGAAGUCGAAGGGGUAAGGGGCCGGGCUGAUAUACAGAGACCGCGGGGCACCGAAACAGAGAAACAGUUCCCUCACCCAUGGAUGUGCAUCCAACCAAACAGAUGUCCAUGGGCCUCAGCAAUACAAGCCAAUUGUAUAAGCAGUGAACCAAACAAAAAUCAGCCCAGGCAAAAGUACCAGCCCAGCCAACCAAACAGAGGCCUGUUGGGCGAGGUAGACCAGGCCAAAUGUGCCCUGGCUUAAAAUUGGGGCCAGGCUAAAAACAACCAGGCUACCAAACACACCCUAAUUGUUUGAAACAAGGAUUGAUUAUGCAACCGUACUUAUACAUAUGGGUUGUCUUGGACACUAUUGUCACGCCAUAAGCUGCCCUGCUAGUUGAAUGAACAAUGCAUAUAGUAGACUGUUAAUGUAGCCCUGGCACUGGCGUGAACGGGGAGUGGCUCGUGGACACCCUCUUCGCCGGUUCUUUGUUAGCCCCCGACGCACCUCCUCCUCCUCAAGCGUUGCAGUUGAUGUUGCUGAUGGCAUCACGUUGGACACCUCAGUCUGUGGGACAUUGUUGGUGGCAACAGAAGCGAGAGCUGACCCAGUGCAAGAGCCCGGUCGUCACUACCAUCGCUCACGGCCCAUGGGCCGACUGACCUCAGUCCACCCUUGCUUGUGCACGCAAACUGGGCAGCAGCGUCCAACGGGGGGCGGCGGCACCACCAUCCAGCGAUGCGGUUGCGCCGGCGCUACGCGGAAUUCCUCCGCCGGGCGUCCGCCCUGCCGUCCCUGCCGCUGGUGGCCUCUCUCCACGCCGCGGUGCUCCGGCGCGGGAUCCCCGCCCUCCUCGCGGCGUCCCUCAUCCAGGGCUACUCAGCCUGCGGGGACCUCCCCUCCGCGCGCGCCCUGUUCGACGAAACGCCCCCGACGCUCUCGUCCCGCACCGCGCUCGCCGGCGCGCUCUCGGCGCACGGCCGGUGCGCGGAGGCGCUGGCGCUGCUCGCCGUCCCGGAGGCGGAGGCGGACGACAGGGCCGUGACGGUGCUCCUGGCGGCGUGCGCGCGCGCCGGGAUGGUGGCCGAGGGGAGGCGCGUGUUCGCGAGGGUGCCCCGCCCCGCGCUGCAGCACUACACGUGCAUGGUGGAGAUGCUGGGACGCGCCGGGGAGGUGGACGAGGCGGAGCGGCUCGUGGCCCGGAUGGAGGCGCGCCCCGACAGGGUCAUCUUCGCGGCGCUCCUCGCCGCGUGCCGCGUGCACGGCCGCGUCGACGUCGCCGAGCGGGUGGCCGGGCUCAUGCGCCGGUAUGGCAUUGCGUGAAAACUCGCGGUCUGACUAAUGCAUCAGCAGUUGAAAUGCAGUUGAGUUCAGACCCGAGAUCUGAUCAUCCAUCAUCGUGCUUCUUUUGCGAUGAUUCCCUGGACAUGAAUCUGACUGUGGUUGCCUGUUAGUACAUUGGAUUUUAUUCAGUCGUUCAUCCAGCAAGAGUCCCUCCUAGCUGGUAAAAUCAGAAAUCUGUUCACUGACUUGCUGUCUGCUGUGGGUGGUAAGGUCUUCAGGUCAGUUUUGGCAUCACAUGAACAUUGUGCCUGAAUGCAACAAAUGCCCAUGUGUGUAUAUAGAUUGUCAUGUCAAUUUUCUUGUCUCAGACGGUAAAUUGUCACAUCAACUUUACUGGAGCUAGCAGUGCAGUCAGGACUUGUGAAAAAUGGAUGCUGGAUUACAAAA